AUGUCAACCUCUAACAACUCACGAAAACGUAAACACCCUCCAAAUCCAACCAAGAAACCCACCAUCAUUCCAAACAACCAAGACCCCGACCCGGACCCAGCGCUCUUCAUCCAAGCAUACGAAGCCACCAUCAUUCGUGGGCCUCAUGCGAAAGCUCUUGCGAGGUCCUUGGAAGUCGUUCAAUACGACUUUGAGUCGGAUGAUCUUCCCUCAGCUUCAGCUUCAGAGAAUCAGAAGAAGCCUGUUGUUGGGGAGGCUCUUAUUAGGUGGGGUGGUGAGCGCCCAACGACCGUUCCUGCGUUCCCGGACGAUGAAGAUGGGGACUGCGGUUUGAUUCGUAAUGGUGUUGAUUCACCAGUACAUGUACUACUACCGGAGGAGGAACCUGCAGUUUGGGUGGACCGAUACGACGUCCGACUCCUCCUAGAUGUCCUUCCUCCCCCAGCAUCAUCAUCUUCCGUACCACCACCAGCCCCGGAGUCACCCACAGGCUGGUCAGACCUCCCUUCAGAUUCAGAAGACAUGUUUUUCUUCUCUCCCGACGAAGCGAACGAUUUCCGCCGGGAGAAGAAGCGCAAGGUAAUGGAGCGGACGAGGGAAGAGAGGUUGAAAGCACGGAUGGUUGAAGAUGGCGACGACGAAGACGCUGCGAACCACGGCGGGGAAGAAGAGAACGUAUGGGGUGGGAAGCCAGACCAAACCCAAAAAGAAUUGAUGUCCCGAACAGCAAAACAACUCCUCUCCUCCUCCAACCCUGCACAACUGGAGAUGCGGGUGCUCGCAAACUAUGGCGCUGAUAAACGGUUCGCUUUCCUGCGUGGACGGUGGAAGAGGUCGUGGAUGCUGGCAAAGCAUAAGGUGAGGGUGGAGCUUGAUAGAAAGGAAGAGGAGAAGAAGAGGGGGGUUGGGUUGGGGUUGGUUGCUGCGUAUGGGAGUGAUGAAGGGAGUAGCGACGAUGAGAAGGAGAGAAAGGAGGGUGGAGGAAGUCUUGACGGGGAGAUGAAAGAUGAAGAUACUACAGUUGUUACACCUCUGGACCCCGAGGAAGCAAUCAAGGAAGCACGAAGAAUCAAAGCGAAGGAAUGGGCUCAGAAACGACGGGCAAAGAAGGAGGCAGAGGACAAAUCGUAGUCGCAAGUAUAUUUCUUUCCAUACAAUUCGAUAUGUAGUACAAUAAUCCUAUACGGGCCCAAUUUACUCCAACGUAAUAUACAAAUGCUUCCUUGUGACC